UGGCAGGCAGUGCCCUCCCCCAGCGGCAUGCAGCUCUCCCUGGCCCUGUGUCUCCUCUGCCCACUGCUUCACACAUCCUUCCAGGCUGCAAAGGGCCAGGGCUGGGCCCCCUUCAAGAAUGACGCCACCGAGUUCAUCCCCGGGCUGGGGGGCUACCUGCAGCCCCCUCCGGAGCCAGAGAGCAACAAGACCAUGAACCGGGCAGAGAACGGCGGGCGGCCUCCCCACCACCCCUUCGAGGCCACAGACGACUCCGAGUUCAGCUGCCGCGAGCUGCGCUCCACGCGCUACGUGGCGGAGGGGCCGUGCCGCAGCGCCAAGCCGGUCACCGAGCUGCUGUGCUCCGGCCAGUGCGGGCCCGCGCGCCUGCUGCCCAACGCCAUCGGCCGCGGCAAGUGGCGGCACCUGGGCGCACCCGCCCCGCGCUGCGUGCCCGACCGCCACCGCGUCCAGCGCGUGCAGCUGCAGUGUCCCGGCGGCGCCCCGCGAGCGCGCAAGGUGCGCCUCGUGGCCUCGUGCAAGUGCAAGCGCCUGGCCCGCGCGCACAACCAGUCCGAGCGGAAGGACUUCGCACCCGGGCCGCAGCGGGGCCGCAAGCCCAGGCCGCGCGCCGAGCUGGACAACGCGUACUGACCCCGCGCCCCGGGCCGCACGGCCGAGGCCCCGUCGCUCCAAACGCACGCAGGACCCUGAGCUGCGGGCCAGGAGGGCGGGGCGUCCAGGCCCUGAGCGCCUCCCACCCCCUGCGGAGGCGCCGGCCGUGACCCUGGCCACGCGGCUCUCCGUGGGACUCCGCUGCCCUCUUUUUCGUGGGGUGAGGGAGGUCGCGUCUCCAGGACCCCCGCACCCUGGGGCGGGGCCUCCGCUUCCGGGCGAUCGCACGGCGGAGGGAGAGGCGAGGCCGAGCACAGCUCCGGGGAGGGCGGGUGUUGGUCCCACCCUGGCUCCCGUGCAUCUCCAGGAAGCGGCGCCAAGCAGGGCAGCGGGGGUCCCGGGGCGCCCUCAUUCCGGAGCCGCCUCCCCUGCCGCGCCACCCCGCGGCCGCGCAAGGCUCCUGCGCCCCCUGCCGGCUCCCGGGAGCGCUUCUGUCUGGGAAACAGCUUCGCGCUCCUGCCCAGGUGGGGAGCCGCAGCGCUGUAGAUCACAGCCCGCGAGAGUCCUCCGGAAAGUUGCUGCCGGACGCCUCUGUGCAGCUUUUACUAAUUAAACGAGGACGCAUCUUAGCCAGAAGCACGAGCCGCCCGAAGGAAAGCGCAGUGCUGGGUGUGUCCCACUCCGCAUGGGCCUGGCCCCAAGGUGGUUGUAGAGCACGUUGUGUAUUUAUUUUCCCGUGUAAAUUAUUUAUGCACAGGGUUUUCCUGUAGAGAGCGACAGUGUCUGCCUGC